AUGGCCGGACGUCGGCCAUCCGAGACCAGUGCUCUUCUCAAUGACCAUGGGAUUGAUGACUUUCGGAAAUCCAUUGAACAGAUCGAUCAGAGGAUAUACGGUACGACUGACGACGAGGAGUCCUCUCUUUUCAAAGGUCCCGAUCUUGAGACGACAUGGAAGACAGAAACCACCCUAUUGGCUCGAUAUUCGGGGCCGUUGAUGUUGACCUAUAUCUUGCAAUACUCUUUUAGCCUGGUCACAGUCUAUGUUGCCGGACGCCUCGGGACGAAGGAACUGGGGGCUGCCUCCCUGGCCACGAUGACUGCCAAUAUUACGGGACUGUGCGUCUAUGAGGGACUCGCAACCAGCCUCGACACUCUGACGUCGCAGGCCUUUGGGAACGAUAAGAAGCAUCUAGUCGGUCUCCAUGUCCAACGCAUGAGUCUAUUGGUUUGUGUGGUCACCAUUCCCAUCGGCGCCAUCUGGACUUGCUCUCCCUGGAUCCUGUCAGCUAUCGUGCCCGAAAAAGACGAGGCUCUCCUGGCCGGUACUUUCAUGCGCAUCUACUUGGCUGGUGCUCCCGCUUGGGCUAUAUUUGAAGCUGGAAAGCGCUUGUGCCAGGCCCAGGGCGAUUUUACCGCCUCCCUCGUGGUCGUCCUGGUCUGUGCUCCCCUGAACAUCCUUUGGAAUUGGCUCUUGGUGUUCCAUUUCAACCUGGGAUUUGCGGGUGCCGCUUGGGCCGUGGUCAUAUCCAAUAACCUUCAGCCGAUUGUCCUGGCGCUGUACGUCGCCUACAUUGCUCCCUCGAACUUGCAAUGUUGGCCAGGCUUAGAUCUACGACGAGCAUGCCAGAACUGGGGUCCCAUGAUCAAAUUGGCCAUCCCUGGCGUCCUCAUGACCUUUUCGGAGUGGUUCGCCUUCGACAUCCUUACCAUUGCGGCUGGAUAUCUGAGUGAACGAGACCUUGCAGCUCAGUCUGUCUUAAUGACGGUGGUUGUUACCAUGUAUCAUAUCCCAUUUCCAAUCUCCAUCGCAGCAUCGACAAGAUUCGGCAAUCUCAUUGGGUAUGGCGCGUUGAAAGCUGCGCGGAAGGCCUGGAAGACGCACUAUCUGAUCUUCGUGUGCAUUGGGAUAUUUGAUGUCAUCUUGCUGACAUCCUGCCGCCACGUCAUCGCAGCUAUAUUCACCACGGAUGUCGCGGUGAGAGCCAUCAUCGCAACCGUCAUGCCAAUAACUGCGGCAGCUCAACUAUUUGACGCGCUCCUGGCCAUCUCAAAUGCUCUUUUGCGUGGCCUUGGGAGACAAAAGGUUGGGGGUUGGGUCAAUUUGGGGGUCUACUACCUUUUCGCACUUCCAUUGUCGUUCUUCCUGUGUUUCGGCCCGCCUCAGAUGGGCCUGGGCGGUAUGUGGAUCGGUCCAUGUACCGGACUCGGCUGCGCAACUCUCAUCAUGGCCACGUACAUGCGGUUGACCGACUGGCAAAAGGCUGUCGAAGAUGCACGAGCACGGGAGGAGUAG